GCCACUGGGCGGUUCAUGAAUGGGGUUGUUGAAGUGGGAGGGACCGUCAUCUGACUUUACCAGGCAGGCAGGCAGGGAGGAAAAGUGGGUGUUGUGCUGUGUAGUGUUUGGUUUGGUUGCGAUGCAUCUUCAUGAGUGUUUUUAAAACGGUUCACUGUGCGUGCAGACUCCAACUGCAAGCAUCCAUCCAUUGAGACGUUCAGGGCAAACAAGCAGCCGUGCAGCUUAGCAACCGACACCCCAGCAACCAGGACACAGUGACGGCAGCAGCCCGGAACCAGAGGAGCCAGAGGAGCCAGAGGAGGCUAGAGCCGCGUCGGUCGGUGAGCCAUGGGGUUCCGCAAGAAGAACAAGAGCCCUCCGGUGCUGAGCCACGAGUUUGUGAUCCAGAAUCACGCCGACAUGGUGUCGUGUUUGGCCAUGAUUAUCCUCCUCGGCCUGAUGUUCGAGGUCACAGCCAAGUUCGCCAUCAUGUUCAUCACAGUCCAGUACAACGUAACACAAGUUCUUGAUGAGAAAAGUGAUCCAGUGAACCUUUAUCAGUACGGCCCUAAAGAUGUGGCCACCGUGUUUUUCUACUUGCUCAUCGCGGUCAUCCUUCACGCCCUGAUACAGGAGUAUAUUCUCGACAAAAUGAACAGGAGGUUGCACCUGUCGAAAACCAAACACAGCAAGUUCAAUGAGUCUGGACAGCUCGCGGCGUUCUACCUGUUCUCUUUCAUCUGGGGCUGCAGCAUCCUGACGGCGGAGGACUUUGCAACAAAUCCUACUUUCUUAUGGGAGGGUUACCCACACACUCACAUGGUUUUUCAGGUCAAGUUCUUCUACAUUUGCCAAAUUGCCUAUUGGCUCCAUGCACUUCCUGAGCUGUACUUUCAAAAAGUACGGAAGGAGGACAUCCCCCGCCAGCUCUAUUACAUCUGCCUUUAUGUUGUCCAUAUCACCGGUGCCUAUGUCUUAAACCUCCACCGACUGGGCCUGGUGCUGCUGGUCCCUCACUACCUGGUGGAGCUCCUGUUCCACGCUUCACGCCUCUUCUACUUCAGUGAUGAGAACAAGCAGAAGGGCUUUACUCUGUGGGCGCUACUUUUUGUCAUCGCCCGCCUCCUCACCCUCACGCUGUCAGUCCUGACGUUUGGCUUUGGGCUGCCCCGUACAGAAAACCAGGGCUUUUCCCUCGCAGAAGGCAACUUCAAUGUGCUCACCGUAAGGAUGACUUGCCUGGCAGCUAUCUGCCUGACACAGGCCUGGAUGAUGUGGAAAUUCAUUAACUUCCAGUUGAAAAAGUGGAGGGAGCACAGCCAGAACCAGGCCUCAAAGAAGAAGGCGGUCAGCCCAAAGAGCAAGCCUCACAAAAGGGAGCCCACAAGGGGAGGUGCUGCCAACGGGGUUGUGAAGUCCGAGGAUAAAACAUCACCGCGGGCGAGAAAAGCCAAAGCUUCGUAGAGACGGAAGAACUGGGGGAGAAAAAAACUGAGUGAGGGAGUUCUGACAAUGUGACAUAAUGUCUUUACACAGCUUCAAAUUGUGUCUACUGCUCUCCAAAACAAAUGUUUAAGCGCACUAAGAAACCUUACCUUACAGAUGUCCCUUUGGGGUUGAGACUCCCUUUUUGAAAGAGUUCAGUGUUACUGUCUGCUAGAACUGUUUAUUAUUGAUUUGGGUUCUCUGCAGAUGGGACGUUGGCAGGGCGGCGCUGGGUUUGAUGCUUUAACAGGAUCGAUUUCAAAGUGUCCUUUUGUGUAAAACUACGAUCACUCGCCGGGUACUUUUAAACUGAGUCGCUCCUCACUAAUCUGACAUUGAAUCAGUUAACGUCACAGUAGCUUAAAAGGAGAUUUUGACUUCAGGGCAAUUUAAUAUAAAGUGUUAAUGUACAGUUUAACUGUACAGGGUGUCAUUUUAAGUUUGGGCCUUAUUCAGUAAAACUCACAAAAUAGGCCACUGGCUCAAGUAGGGAUGCACCGAUCCGACUUUUUCAGUCCCGAUACCGAUAUUUGAGCUUGGGUAUCAGCCGAUACCGAGUAGCGAUCCGAUACCAGUGUUUAAUUAAUAAGCUGUAUACCUCACUGUUUGGGAGUGACUUGGAUCAUUCUUUUAUGUGUACGGAAACAUCAGGCUUGGCUUAAACAGACUAUCCUAACUUUGUAAAAAACUAAAUUACAAAUAAAUACAUAAAUUUA